AUGCCUUCAACGGUGCUUUCCCAAUACUUCACCGACCGGACAAUUAAACGCCACAUUGAAUCUCUAUUCUCGUUCGCGUCGUUGUACAGAAAUCGGGAAAGACCCGUUGCACUCUCACAACAACACUGUUCAAAAUAUUUCGUUUAUUUAAGGAAUUCUCUUGUACGGUCGAGGCAGAUAGGGGACCCUUGGGGACAACAUCAUCCACUCCUGGUGUCUCAGACAAACAUAUCGGCUCUUUUCUCUCUCUCUCUCUUUCUCUCUCUAUCUCUCUCUCUAUUUCUCUCUAUCUCUCUCUCUCUAUUUCUCUCUUUCUCUCUCUCUAUUUCUCUCUUUCUCUCUCUCUCUUUCUCUCUUUCUCUUUCUCUCUUUCUCUCCCUCUCUCUCAAUAUGAUCCUGCGACCGGAAGUUUUCAACGUCCACUCUCUCUCUACCCGAAUACCAGUUUUUUCUCUCUAUAUCCAAAUACCAGUUUUUUCUCUCACUACCCGAAUAUCAGUUUUUCUCUCUCUCUCUCUCUCUCUCUACCCGAAUACCAGUUUUUUUCUCCCUCUCUCUCUACCCGAAUACCAGUUUUUUCUCCCUCUCUCUCUACCCGAAUACCAGUUUUCUCUCUCUCUCUCUACCCGAAUACCAGUUUCUCUCUCUCUCUCUCUCUUUGAAUACCAGUUUCUCUCUCUCUCUCUCUCUCUGACCUUACCAGUUUUUCUCUCUCUCUCUUUCAGUUUUGAAUACCAUUUUUUUUCUCUCUCUCUCUCUCUCGACCCGAAUACCAGUUUUUUCUUUCUCUCUCUCUCUACCCGAAUAACAGUUUUCUCUCUCUCUCUCUAUCUGUCAGAAUACCAGUUUUUUCUCUCUCUCUCUCUCUACCCGAAUACCAGUUUUUUCUUUCUAUCUCUCUCUCUCUACCCGAAUACCAGUUUCUCUCUCUCUCUCUACCCGAAUACCAGUUUUUUUCUCCCUCUCUCUCUCUCUCUCCCCGAAUACCAGUUUUUUUUCUCUCUCUACCCGAAUACCAGUUUUUUUCUCUCUCUCGACCCGAAUACCAGUUUUUUCUCUCUCUCUCUCUACCCGAAUACCAGUUUUCACACACUCUCUCUCUCUCUCUCUCUCUCUCUACCCGAAUACCAUUUUUUCUCUCUCUCUCUCUACCAGUUUUUUCUCUCUCUCUCUCCGAAUACCAGUUUUUCUCUCUCUCUCUCUCUCUCUCGAAUACCAGUUUUUUCUCUCUCUCUCUCUACCUCGAAUACCAGUUUUUUCUCUCUCUCUCUCUUACCAGUUUUUCUCUCUCUCUACCCAAAUACCAGUUUUUUUUCUCUUUCUCUCUCUCUCUACCCGAAUACCAGUUUUCUCUCUCUCUGUCUGCCUGAAUACCAGUUUUCUCUCUCUCUCUCCCUGAAUACCAUUUUUUUUCUCUCUCUCUCUCUAUCCGAAUACCAGUUUUUUUCUCUUUCUCUACCCGAAUACCAGUUUUUUCCUCCCUCUCUCUCUCGCUCUCUCUCUCUCUACCCGAAUACCAGUUUUUUCUCUCUCUCUCUACCCGAAUACCAGUUCUCUCUCUCUCUCUACCCGAAUACCAGUUUUUUUCUCUCUCUCUCUCUCUACCCGAAUACCAGAUUUUCUCUCUCUCUCUACCCGAAUACCAGUUUUUUUCUCUCUCUCUCUCUCAACCGAAUACCAGUUGUUUUUUUUCUCUCUCUCUCUACCCGAAUACCAGUUUUUUUUCUCUCUCUCUCUCCGAAUACCAGUUUUCUCUCUCUCUCUGCCCUUUCACCAGUUUUUUUCUUUCUCUCUCUCUCGAAUACCAGUUUUUUUCUCUCUCUCUCUCUGAAUACCAGUUUUUCUCUCUCUCUACCCGAAUACCAGUUUUCUCUCUCUCUCUCUCUCUCUCUACCCGAAUACCAGUUUUUUCUCUCUCUCUCUAGCCGAAUACCAGUUUUUGUCUCUCUCUCUAGCCGAAUACCAGUUUUUGUCUCUCUAUCUACCCGACUGUCAGUUUCUCUUUCUCUUUUUCUACCCGACAGUCAGUUUCUCUUUCUCUUUUUCUACCCGACAGUCAGUUUCUUUCUCUUUCUCUCUCUCUCUCUACCCGACUGUCAGUUUCUUUCUUUUUCUCUCUCUCUCUACCCGACUGUCAGUUUCUUUCUUUUUCUCUCUCUCUCUCUCUACCCGACUGUCAGUUUCUUUCUUUUUCUCUCUCUCUCUCUCUCUCUACCCGACUGUCAGUUUCUUUCUCUUUCUCUCUCUCUCUCUCUCUCUACCCGACUGUCAGUUUCUUUCUCUUUCUCUCUCUCUCUCUACCCGACUGUCAGUUUCUUUCUCUUUCUCUCUCUCUCUACCCGACUGUCAGUUUCUCACUCUCUCUCUCUACCCGACUAUCUGUUUCUUUCUCUCUCUCUCUCUCUCCCCGACUACUUGUUCUCUUUCUCCUUAAUGUUUUUUAUAAUUCUUCUCUUCACCAACUCCCACCAGAAAAAAAUCAGAUUUAUCAAUGUACUAUAUUUAUUUAUUUUAUCUCGGAUCUCUUCUUUCUAUCUCUCUUUUCGUCUCUUCUCUCUCUCUCUUUCUUUUUCGUAUCUCUCUUUCUUUUUCGUAUCUCUCUCUCUUUUUUUCGUAUCUCUCUCUUUUUCGUAUCUCUCUCUCUCUCUCUUUUUCGUAUCUCUCUCUCUCUCUUUUUUUCGUAUCUCUCUCUCUUCUUUUUUUCGUAUCUCUCUCUCUUUUUCAUAUCUCUCUCUCUUUUUCGUAUCUCUCUCUCUCUUUUUCGUCUCUCUCUCUCUCUUUUUCGUCUCUCUCUCCUUAUUUUUUUUUCUCUCUCUCUCUCUUGUUUUCUCUCUCUCUCGCUCUCUCUCUCGCUCUUGUUUUUUUUUCUCUCUCCCUUUGUGUUUUUCUCUGUCCUUUCUUCCCGUAUAUAUGUGUAUUCGUCUAUCUCAGCCUGUCUAUCCCCUUAUAGGAAUGGAUCCAUAUGUUAGCAUUAUAGUGAAUAUAACAAGGACCGGCGUGCAAGGAGUAGCUUCACUAAAAAAUAAUACACUAGCUCUCUCUCGUGUUUUUUUCUCUCUCUCUCUCUCUCUCUCUCUCUCUCUCUCUCUCUCUCUCUCUUGUGCUUUUCUCCUUAAAUCCAUUGAUUUUUGUCUUUCCUUCUCCAGACCCCGAAGCAAGAUUAUUAUAAUUAAUACUCUUGUUUCCUCUCUCCUCUUCUCUCUUCCUUUUUCUCUCUCUUCAUCGCCUUUUAUUCUCUCUCUCUCUUCUUCACCCUUUUAUUCUCUCUCUCUCUUCACCCUUUUAUUCUCUCUCUCUCUUCUUCCCCCUUUUAUUCUCUCUCUCUUCUUCCCCUUUUAUUCUCUCUCUCUCUCUCUCUUCCUCCCCUUUUAUUCUCUCUCUUCUUCCCCCUUUUAUUCUCUCUCUUCUUCCCCUUUUAUUCUCUCUCUUCUUCCCCCUUUAUUCUCUCUCUUCUUCCCCCCUUUUAUUCUCUAUCUCUCUCUUCUUCCCCCUUUUUAUUCUCUAUCUCUUUUCUUCCCCCCUUUAUUCUCUCUCUCUUCUUCCCCACUUUUAUUCUCUCUCUCUCUUCUUCCCCACUUUUAUUCUCUCUCUCUUCUUCCCCACUUUUAUUCUCUCUCUCUCUCUUUUUUCCUUACUUUUCUUUUCUUUUUUUUCCUUUUUUUCCUUACUCCUCUUAGUGUAUUCAUCAUACAACCGAUUGACUCAGAACAUUCUUUCUUUUUGUUUUCUUUCUCUUUUCUUUUUUGUCUCUCUUUCUUUAAAAUUCUCUCUGUUUUUUUUGACUCUGUUUCUCUUUUCUUUCUCUUCUUUUCUCUUUCUUUCUUUCAUGUCUGGAAAUCUUUCUUUUCUCUCUCUCUCUCUUUUUCUUUCUUUCUUUCCUUCUUUUUGAAUUUUUCUUUUCUCUUUCUUUCUUUUCUCUCUUUCUUUCCUUUCUCUUUUUCUCUCUCUUUGAAUAUAAAAUUCUGUUUUUCUCUCUCUCUCUCUUUGUUUCUGUCUUUUUCUCUCUCUCUCUCUCCUUUCUAUAAUUUUUUCUCUCUCUCUUUUAUUUUUCAAUCUAUAAAAUGUAUCUCUUCUCUUUUAUUUUCUAUAAGAAAUAAUUUCUCUCUCUUAAAUCUCUUAAUUUAA